UCUCUCUGUAUUGUGGUUGAUUAAAUAAUGGCAAUUUUUUUGAGUAAAUUGCAGAUAAAAUUGGUAAUAUUCAUAAGUUUGAUUCUUCUUUCAAAUAAUAAUGUAAAUGGAAGAAGAUAUCAUAUAACGGAUAGUUUCGAUUACACCGCCAUAAGUUGCAGGGCACAUACGGCAUCUGUAACCGAUUUCGGGGCGGUUGGCGACGGAGAAACAGUGAAUACGGCGGCGUUUAAGGCGGCGAUUGAUAACUUGAGUCAAUUGGCGACGGACGGCGGAUCACAACUCUUUGUUCCUCCGGGAAGAUGGCUUACCGGAAGUUUUAAUCUUACAAGUCAUUUCACUCUUUAUCUUCAUCAAGAUGCAGUUCUUCUUGCUUCUCAGGAUGUGGAUGAAUGGCCCCUCAUUGAUCCCUUGCCAUCAUACGGCCGAGGAAGAGACGCGGCUGGUGGAAGAUACACUAGUCUUAUAUUCGGAACCAACCUCACCGAUGUUGUGAUCACAGGGGGCAAUGGCACAAUCGAUGGUCAAGGAGAUCUAUGGUGGGACAAAUUCCAUAAAGGACAAUUGCAAUACACACGACCUUACUUGAUCGAGUUGAUGUAUUCCGAUAAUAUACAAAUAUCUAACCUUACAUUGCUCAAUUCGCCUUCAUGGAAUGUUCAUCCUGUCUAUUGCAACAAUGUGGUGGUUCAAAGCAUAACAAUCCUUGCACCAGUUAAUUCACCAAAUACUGAUGGAAUUAAUCCAGACUCUUGCACCAACACGAAAAUUGAGGAUUGCUACAUUGUCUCCGGAGAUGAUUGUGUCGCGGUUAAGAGCGGAUGGGACCAAUAUGGAAUUGCGUUUGGCAUGCCAACGAAACAACUCGUCAUUCGACGGCUAACAUGCAUCUCUCCCACGAGCGCAGUAAUUGCAUUGGGAAGCGAGAUGUCGGGUGGGAUUGAGGACGUAAGGGCGGAAGACAUUUUAGCCAUCAAUUCAGAGUCGGGCGUUAGGAUUAAAACCGCGGUAGGAAGAGGUGGAUAUGUAAAAGACAUAUAUGUUAAGGGAAUGACUAUGAAAACAAUGAAAUGGGCAUUUUGGAUGACCGGAAAUUAUGGGUCACAUCCAGACGACAAAUAUGACCCCAAUGCUUACCCGGUUAUCCAGAACAUUAACUAUCGCGAUAUGGUUGGCGAGAACGUGACUAUGGCGGCUAGGCUUGAGGGAAUAGUCGGAGACCCUUUUACAGGAAUAUGUAUUUCGAAUGUGACGCUUGGACUUGCUCCAAAGACGAAAAAGGUGCCGUGGACUUGUACCGAUGUGGAGGGAGUUACGAGUGACGUCGUUCCUCAGCCUUGCAAUUUGUUGCCGCAAAGUUCGAAGAAAUGUGAUUUUCCACUAGAAAGUUUGGCGAUUGAUAAUAUAGAAAUUCAAACAUGUUCACAUACCAUUAAGUACUUGCAAAAAUAAUUUAUAGAUAAUAUUUAUAUGUGGGAUCUCUUUAAAUGCAGGUUGGAUUUGUAUUGAUUUGAACCUUAUGAUUCCCUCAAAUUAUGUGACAUUACUAUUGUAUAUGUGAGACUAUUUCUAUUAUAUUGUUUUUAUGGAUUUUUAAAUUGAAAGAUGCAAUUCUCAUUAGAUA